AGGCUAAAACCCUCUUCCCUCCCCUUCACAUAUAGGCACUCGCUUUCUAUCUACAUUUGAUUCCGUAGCAGCUAUGGCGUGGCGUGGCUCUAUUUCCAGAUCGCUGAUCUCCACUGUUCGGUCCUCCACCGUUCGAUCUUCUCCGCCCCUUUCUCGCAUCCGUCCACCACCAAUCGCCGGCUCUCGCUCCCAAUCCCGCAGCUUCUUCUUCACAGAUCCCAGGACUUUGGGUGGCCUAGCGGCGGCACAAUCGCUGAUGCCUCUGCUUAGCACGACGGCUGGACCUCGGUUGACAUCGCAUUUGAAGGUCGACGUGCGCGCUUGCUGCGAGCUGUCUCAUGGGAGGAGUGGAAAAGAUGGGUGAUGACUGAAGCACUCUCGCAAACAUCCAAAAGCAUGAGACGUUGAGGCUGCAUUAUAGGUUUCUGCUUUUGUUCCUUUCACUUGUUCUUUCUCUUGCUGGCCUAAUCAAUGUUAAUGAAUUUAAAGACUGGGU